GUCGGCCCCCGUCGUCUGGCUGCUCUCCGUUGGAAUCGCAUCACCUCGCCCUAGACAUACUUUUCAUCUUCGUUGUUUAUACUUAAUAAUCCUCUUUUUUAUCUACUCCAGUGUAUUUUUCUUGUUCAUAAGUGUAUCUAUUUCGUUCAGCGCUUUGUAUUUCUUCUGUAUAUUACGUGUUUUUGUGCAUAUUCCAUCGUUUUCGACGCGGCCGUCGACGGACACCACGCCGCUUCGUUCGCCGCUCCCGGGGGAAGGCUAUGGCGACACGGGAUGUACCAGAGCCGCAAGAGCUACCACUUCCAGCAGGACCUUGGACCAAGCAGCUGAAGGACUUUCCUUCCGCAUUCUCGGAAAGCCACAUCCAAGGGCAUGGCCAAGCAGCUGGAGCACAGAAGCACACAAGUUCUGGCUACAAAAUGUUCAAGGCCCACAAAGUGCAGAACAUCUUCCUCCACACCACAAGUGCAUCAGAGACAAUUGUCAAGGCUAACGUGGAGGCUUCCAUGACCCUUACGAAGCGAUACGCAGUGCAUGCUGUGCUCUGCCAAGAUGGGCAGGUCAGCAAGGCUUCCUGUUCCUGCAAGGCUGGACAAGGCGGUGUGUGCAAGCAUGUGGCAGCACUGCUUUGGCACAUGCUAGACCUGAUAAGGGAGGGAAGGUCCUACAUCCCGGAUGCUCUGGCCUGCACUGAGGGAGCAAGGCAGUGGGGCCCAUCUUCAAAGAGAGGUGCAAGUACGGUGUCGUUCAACGAACUAGAAUUCGUCAAGCACGACUCUAGCAACAAGGCGAAGAGUGCGAGAAAAACCACGGAAGUGCAUGUGGACGUGGCGCAGGCAACCGUCAAGAGGCUGCAUACAGAUUUCAUUGAGAAGGGAAUAUUCCCAAUGUUUGCGGACGUGAUGGAAGAAGCUGCCUUCACACCCUUGCCAAGGAAGGUUCAGGAGCACUCGAACACGGAUGAUGGGGCCUCUGCAGCACGGAUCAGCUUGCCCAUAAAAGAGUGCUGGAAUCACCAGAUGCCACCAAGCGAUCCAUGCACCCUGACUCUUACACAAGCUCAGCACCUGGAGGAACAGACACGUGGCCAAAGCAGAAGUAUGCUGUGGCACACGGAACGUGAGAAAAGGAUCACGGCAUCACAGUUCGGAGACAUCGUCAAACGACAAGCACCCGUGAACGAAAAGUUUCUCAGGACGAUUUUCUCGGGCGGACAUGGCACGACACGUCACAUGAGGGCGGGACUUCAGAAUGAGGCGGCUGCUCUGAAGCGCUACAAGGCCAAGCAAAAGGUCCAAGUCUUCAGUGUUGGCCUUUGCAUCAACCCUGGCCUUCCCAUGCUGGGGGCAUCACCAGACGGGCUGGUCUGGGACGAAGAUAUACAGGAGUACGGACUAGUCGAAGUGAAGACCGUGUCACGGGCGAUAGAUGCGAACCUGACGACCUUCGAGGAGGUGAUGAGCAGAGGGUUUGUGGAGUUUAUCCAUGCGGACAAGAGUGUCGACAAAAAGCACAAGCACUACUACCAGGUGACAGGACAACUUGCGCUCACAGGACUGGAGUGGUGUGACCUUGUUGUUGACUGGGCGAAAGACUGCUGGGUCACACGGGUGCCCUUUGAUGAGGCACUCUGGGUGAACGUUAUGGUGCCACGCCUGACAGACUUUUUUUUUAAAUAUCGGAAAGACUGAGUGUUGAUCAUAAAAUUGUAGUGUCUGUUGUGGGCGGUUCUAGUGCCAAGUUUGGACACUUUUGGUAAUCGGGUUGCAAACACUGCCCGCGUGGGUGGGCGGCUCCGUACGUCAGCCUGCUGGUUUCGACUUCGACAACACCGGUUCUUGGCCUACCCGGUUUACGCAACUCGAGGAGUACGCUUAUGCCUCCGUACUUCGCCAAGCACCACCGGACAUUCAGGUGCGGACACUUCUCUACUGCAUGGGCCCCGAGGCUCGGGUCCUUCUCGACAUGUUCGGCUUGAACGCCGCCUCCCUGAACAACUACAACACGGUGGUCAAGCGCUUCUCGGAACACUUCCUGUACCCCGUCAACGAGGUGUAAGAGUCCUCGAGGUUCCACGAGCGGGUUCAGCAGCCGGGAGAGAGCGUCGACAGUUACUACGCCGAGCUCUGCAAGCUUGUCAAGUGGUGCAACUACCCGUCCCCCAAAGUCGAAGAACGCCUGGUUCGCGACCGGUUCGUUGUUGGUCUUUGCGACGAACGCCUGUCCGGCCAGCUCUGCUGGAAAGCCAAGCUCAGCCUCAAGGACGCGUGGACGCAGGUGAGGCAGAUCGAAGACGCCGAAAAAGAAAAAAA